GCGAGCUUACGUACUCCCCAGCGUUGUUUCCAUGGAGACUGAAGUAUCUGCUAACCGCGACCUCGAGAAGACCUCGUCAAAUUAGUUUUGCCGGAAACAAUUGGGACGCAGGUGAACUUCACGACGACUAACGGUGGGAACCGAGGGUGAGAGUGAACCGCCGACGACGCUAACGUUUUUUCAAAAAAGCAUGACGGACGCUAGUGAGCUGUGCGAAACAAGCAUGCGGGAGCUAAACGGUGUGGUCGUCUCUGACACCGGGGAGACGGAAGAAGAAAGAGAGCAGGGGAGCCUCGCCUGGCCCGAAGAGACGGUGUCAGAUGAUAUUCCACCAUCUCUGCUCAGCUACUUUGAAACGUCAAAAAGCAGAGCGGCGGUUUGUGAGCAGUUCAUCCUUGCAGAACUCGAAGACUUCACUGCAUCACAUCACACCGAGGACACGAUGGACUUUAAUCAUGAACUGGAUAAGGACAUGAUGCAACUGAAUAUGAAGGUUACUUGUGAAACAGAAAACGAGGAAAAUCUCCUUACACCCAAAGAGGCAGAGGCACUUUUCUCUCACAUCGUGCCCGUUUGUCCUGACAGCGAAGAUGAGGCUGAAACGGACGAGUACAUGGGGCGUGAGGGGAAUCAGGAAUUGGAAGCGAGGACCGUUAAGAGGUCGGCGAGAGAGGAGGAGAUGAAGAGAAGCAGUGAGUCCCAGAGAGAACGGAGAGAGAGACGACACCGAGAGGAGACAAAGACAGAGGAGAGGAGGAGACAAAUGCAAAGAGACUUCCAGGAGGAGCUGAACAAGUUAAUGGAGGCAGAGAAGCGGCAUCAGAGGGAAGUUGAGUUGAUGGGGAUGAGAGCUCAAGAAAAAAUUGAACAGGAGUUUCUGCUUCAGCAGGAGUUGAUCAGCAACUUACAGGAAAGAGUGAAGGAAGAGAGGAGGAGGAGAGAGGAGGAGGAGCAGAAGAGGAUGAAGGAAGAGGGUGAGAAGAAAAGGAAGGAGGAGGAAGAAAAGAAGAAGAAAGAGGUGGAGGACAGGAGGAAAAAGGAAGAGGAGGCGAUCAAGAGAGAAAUGGAGAGAAAAAAGGUGCAGGAAGAGAUGAGAAGGAGGAAAGAGGACGAGGAAAAGAGAAAAAUUGAAGAAGUUAAACUCAGAGAAAAGCACAGAAGGAAAAAGGAAGAGGAGCAGAGGAAAAGGGAGGAAGAGGAAAAGAGGAGAAAGGAGGAAAAGGAAAGGGCGAAGAAAGAAGAGGAGACAAACAAGAUACAGGAAGACAUGAGGAAGAAGGAGGAAGAGAGAAAAAGAAAAGAAAUAAGACUCAAGGAAGAGGAGACGAGGAGAAAGAUGGAAGAAGAGGAGAGAAAACGGAAGGAGACUGAGGAGAAAAUAAAGGAGAGGGAGAAUAGUAGGGAAAGUGAGGGGGAGAAGGUGGAAAUAAGGAAAAUGAAACAAAUUACGGCAAAGAAGACAAUGGAGGAAGAGAGAGGGAGAAAAAAUGCAGAAGAAAUUGGACUUAAGGAGGAGAUUAGAAUGAAAGAAAAGGAAGACAGGAGAGACAGUGCUGAGGAAGAUGAGAGAAGAGCGGAAGAGGCGAGGAUAACUGAAGAACUUGAGGUAAGGGUGAAUGAGGAGGAGAUGAGGAAAAGGGAGGAAGAGAGAAUAAGUGAGGAGGAAACAAGAAGGUUAGAGGUAGAGACAUUGAUGAAGAGGCAGGAAGAGGAAAACGGAGAAACCAGAUUAAUGCCACUGGAGGAAGAGGAGAAGAGGCUUAGUAUGGAAGGCAGAGAUAAAAGGAAGGAAGAAGAGAAAAGAACUCAAGGGGAAGAGCAGAGGAAAUGGCGUGAGGAAGAAAUGAGGAGGCGGAGAGAAGAGAAAACCAAUAUUCAAAAAGAAAUGAUGGAUUGGGAUGAAGUGUGUGAAGCGGACGACGGUAAGGCGGAACACCAAAGGGAGGAUGCAAAAAGAAAUAUAGUAGCAGAGGAAGCCGUGAGAAAAAACCCUGGAGAAGACUCACAAACGGAGGAGAGAAAAGUCAAAGAAGAGGAGGAAAGGAACCACAUUAGAGGGCGGGAUACUGAAGAGGACGGGAGGCUGGACGUGCGAGAGAAGAAGAGGGGAAGUCACAACGAGAGCGAGAGCACGGAGAACACCGGACACUCCCCGACCUCACAGUUAGAAAGCGGCAGCGCCCCGAACCAGCCGAGCCCUGGCCCUGCAACCGGCGAGUCCACAGCCACCUGCUCACACACUCCACAACAGCUGCACCCAAACAACGCCACAUGUGGGGACGCACAAGGUGCAGAAGUCACUCCUUGCACUUUGUCCGCCUCUUCACCCGCGUGUCUCCCGGAGCGCACGGAGCAGAGGAGACUGCGGUGGAUGAAGGAGUGCAUCCCGUGGUCCAAACCGUCCCCCCAGAACAAGAGCAUGCAGAGGGGACGCGGCCGAGGCCGCAGGGGGCCGAGCAGGGCCGCCGGGGCCGGGGGUCUGCCGCCGCUCUGCCCGCAGACUCUGCUCCAGUCCGCAGGCCUCAAAUCCCUGCAAGAGGUUACCACGGUGACCCUAGAGGACUUGCCCGGCUGCAGCUUGGUAACCCUCGCUCAGUGUGCUCGCCUACGGUCCCUCACCCUCAGACGCUGUGGCCUUCGAUCCCUGGAGGGCGUCAACCAGCUGCCGCAGCUCUGCCACAUCGACGUGCAGGAGAACGACAUCUCGUUUGUGGACUGUGAAAACAUGAGCAGUCUGAGAGUUCUUCGACUUGGCCACAACAAGCUGACGUCCAUCCAUGGUCUGAGUGGAGCGGACAAUUUGGACGUUCUGGACCUCUCACACAACUGCAUCAGCCGCAUCGCUGGUCUGGAGUCUGUGAGGAGGCUGCAGUGGUUGUCACUGGACCACAACCAGCUGAUCAGCACCAAAGGACUGAGGGAAAUCUACACCCUCCUUCACCUGGACUGCUCGCACAACCACCUGGCCGGCGUGGAGGGUCUGGAAAACAGUGCCCUGCUCCACACGCUGGACCUGAGAUCCAACAGCCUCACUGAGCCCCCGAGUCUUGACAACCACGUCCUCCUCAGAGAGCUGCAGCUAGACGACAACAGCAUCUCCUCACUGCAGGGCCUGGCGCUCUGCUGGCUUCCCCUCAUGCACCGCCUCUCUGCGGCGCAGAACAGAAUUACCUUCCUGCCCUCCAUGUCGGAUUUCGUCUCCCUUGCGAGUCUGGAUCUCCAAUUCAACUGCAUGUCAGAACUGCACAAUGUGUGCGAGAGCGCAGAGGGAUGCCAGUUCCUGCGAGAGGUCCACCUCACCGGGAAUCCUCUUCAGCAGGAGAGUGGCUGGAGGUCCACGCUGCAGAAGGCGGUGGCCGGCCUGAGAGCCAUCGACGGCGAGGAGACAGACUCCUCUCCGUCGGCCCCCGCCGCUCGACGGGGCGGCUCGGCCUCGGGCAGCUUCCUAACGUUUUGUCAGGCUCAGCUUGAGCAGACUCGUGAUUUACAGCGGCGGCAGCGCAUGGAGCUCAGUAAUGCCUCAUCUCCCCUGGAUGCUGUAAAGAGCUCCUGCCGACACUUCUCUGAGACUCUGAAGCUGGCUGUGGACCAGAGAUUCGCCCACGAAUAUGGUGACACCGUUGUGUCUGCAGGCCAAGCCACGCUCGAGGAAACGGUGGACAUGGACGGUGCCAGUGCCGAAAAGCUCGCUGAGCACUCGGAAAUGAAGUCCGCUGAAAGAGUUCCACCAGUCUUUCCAAACGGCGUCAGUGUCCACUGCAGCUCCUGGAAUUUAGAGGAGAAGUCACCUGCGGAGAGUGGGCUUGACACAUUUGACAGUGUCGGAUCCAUUCAAAAGACAGGCCCUCACUCCCUGUCAACAAAGGAAGAAUCAACUUCCUCCCAUCUUGAAAUGUCACCUGUGUCCGACCAUCAAGACCUGGACCCCAGAAGCACAGCAGCAGUCGUGAUUCAGCGGCGGUGGAGGAAAUACAGACAGAAAUGUGGGAACAUCAGCAGCCCCCCCACAGCUGAGGAGGAAGGUGGAAGAGGAGGAGAUAAGGGAAAGCCAGAGUCAACACCUUCUUGUGUUGACAGGAGCGCUGUUGGCCAAGUUUACGCAGCAACCAUCAUCCAGGCCUUCUGGAGGGGCUCCGCUCUGAGGAGGAGGCUCGCAUCUGCCCUGGCCGCUGUCACGAGCUCCGACAGCGGAGAGGACGGAGCCUUUGAGGAGGUAGACGUGGAUGGAUUUGACUUUGAUGAGGCAGCACUGGAAAUACACUGGAGAUUGCCGCUUUCUGAAGACUCAUCUUACCGCCAUCCUCCUGUAUCAGAGCAGCCGCUUCGUCUGAAGCCUCCAGGGCUCCUCCCUGAUCCCCCCCAGUACACACUCCCACCAACACCUCUGUUGAGGCCGAAGCAGGCCUGGGUGGCCGGAGAGCAAAUGGACUCUUCUGGACAGAGCGUUUCCCCAGACAGCUCCAACAGGAGCAAAUCUGCUUCAGCGUCAGUGCUCAGCGGUCUCUCUGCAAGAUCAGAACAGAUACUGGAAGAAUGGGGGUUUAGCGACAGCAACACAGCUCUUCUGAUGCUCAAGAGAGCGCAGAAGAUGGGGUCGAAGAAGCCACAACAGAGGAAACACAGAGAUCCCUCUGACUGCCUUGCCUUGUUCAGAAACCAGCACAGCCCAGUGGAGGCACGAAACAGGCCUGCACUGCCCAACAGAUGUCAUAUGAAAGUGUUCAAAGCUGAGCUGGGCCUUCAGCCGGAGGAGCGGACGGAGCAAGUGAAGCGGGAGCGAGCUCAGCAGUGGCUGCGCGCCCAGUCUGACAGGGGCUCGGAGAGCGGUGAGCGUUUCUUACCAGAGAUCAGCUCAGUCAUUCUGAACGGAGGCCGAGUGCAGCUGGUGGCUGACCCAGGGUACACUGAACGUCUACAUCACGCCAGUGGAUUGUGGGCCGGCAGCAGCAGCAGCAGCAGUUCAGCUGCCCAGCCCAGCGAAGAGAGAAACGAUCCUCACAGAAACUCGGUGGGCCGCGCAAGGAUGGACGUCUCGUCUCCUGAGCUCGUCAAGUCGGCACCAUCGAAAAAGGAACGCAUCUCCUUCCGAGACAACCCCGUCCAGCUGAGCGGCGGCUGGGGAGGGGGCAGGAAGAGGGAUAACGUGUACAAGUAAAAACACAAACUUCACGUCAAGAACGACAUCCUUUUUUUUUUUUCCUGCCCUGACCCAACACUACUUAAAGCUACAGUGUGUAAUAUUUAGAAGAACUUAUUCACAGAAAUUUAAUAUAUU